GUCAUAAAUGUUUCACAUAAUUGGUUACAAACUGCACGUUUAAAUGCCAAUAUCGAUGAUGUUAACAUUGAUAACAGUGCUGAUGCAACACUGAAAUGUAACAACAAAGCGGAACAAUUGAUAAUACUCGAUUUAAGCUAUAAUCAAAUUCGAUCAAUCAAUGAUAAUGAUUUAAUACAACUAGUCGCCAUACGACAACUUUUAUUAGCUAAUAAUCAAAUUACUCUUAUUAAUCGUAAUGCAUUAAAAGUUUGCGCAUUAUUACAACAAUUACAUGUGGGAAAUAAUAGCAUCGAAGAAUUACCUGUUAUGCCAGAAACAUUAAUUCAUUUGGAUGUUGCCUGCAAUCGUCUAAAUAUUAUUCCAUCAACAAUAGCUAAUUUACCAAAUUUAUUAUUUCUGAAUAUUAGUGGAAAUGCUAUCGACGAAAAUACUCCAUUUCCCAUUAUCAGUUCAACUCUGCAAACUGUUGACCUCAGUCGAAAUCGAUUUGAAUUCAUCCCAGAAAAUUUAUUUACAAAUAGUGCACAACAAUUGCAACAUUUUCUGCUCAGUUAUAAUCGAAUUACACAAUUGGAAUCAUUAUUCUUUCAGAAUUAUUCAAAUUUGCUAACUCAAGGAGCAAAAAUUUUGAAAUAA